CGAAAGUGGAUGAGGACACGCAUCUGCGCGGGUUGGUGCGUUUGUUCCCGCAAACCACGAUGAGCACGCAUUCGGGCAGAGGGGACAAUGAGGAGGAGUUUGUGGAUGUGUUGGAGGAGCUGAUGCGCAGCGGUGAUCUUGGCCAUGCCUUCAGGACCUUCAGCCCCAGCCCUUACGAUGGAGGUCCGCCCUGCUCUGCGGCCGACCUCCCCAAUGCCGUGCUGGAGUCCCAGUAUCUCCGCUACGUGAUCCAGGAGAUCGCCACGGAGAAGGGGUUAUCACUGGAGGAGGUGAGAGAGGAGGCCUCUGUGAUUUUGGAGGAAAUGUCUCAGAAGCUGCAGAUGGGGUUCAUCAGGCUGCUGGCCUACAUACUCUCCAAGGUGUUGAAGAGAAUCCUCACAGGCAUCCAUGUCAACACGGAAGGACUCAACGCGCUCAAACAAGCCAUUCAGGAGAGUCCUGUGAUCCUGCUGCCCAAUCACAGGAGCUAUUUGGACUUCCUGGUUAUCUCCUAUGUCAUGUUCACCUACGACAUUCCAUUGCCUGUUAUUGCUGCAGGAAUGGCUCUUAUAAGGAUGAGGGUGGUUGGAGAGAUAAUCCGUCGCUCGGGAGCUUUCUUUAUUCGACGUGCCAUCGGAUCAGACAAACUGUACUGGGCAGUGCUGUCAGAAUAUGUCCAAACUAUUGUCAAAAAAGGAUUUGCACCUUUGGAGUUUUAUGUGGAAGGCCUGCGAAGUCGCUCGCUGAAGUCCCUGAUGCCAAAGUUCGGUAUGAUGCACAUGGUGCUGGAGCCCUUCUUUAAAGGUGAGGUGUAUGACAUCAAAUUGGUCCCCAUCAGUCUCAGCUACGACCGGGUGAUGGAGGAGUCGCUGCUCGCCCAAGAGUUACUGGGUAUCCCUAAACCCAAAGAAAGCACCAUGGGUCUGCUAAAGGCAAGAAAAGUGCUCCAGGAGAAUUAUGGCACCAUGCACGUGAACUUUGGCCGUCCCUUGUCAGUCCGACAUUUGUGUCGGGACAAGAUAAACCGCAGCCAGUACAACCUCAUACCCAGAGAUCUUCCUCAGAAGCCCAGUGGAGAGGUUCUGGCCUGUGUGAGCUGGCUGGCUUAUCUGAUUGUACGGACCCAGGAGGAGGGCGUCCUGAUCAGCCCUUGGUCUCUGAUGGCCUGUCUGUUGCUGCAGACUCCUGUGUUAACAGAGGACGGCCUGCCGUGGCAUCAGCUGGCAGAAAAAACCCUGUGGCUCAGGAAGCUGGUGCUGGACUUCGGGGCCCACAUGAACUGGCCAGGAAAAGUCCCCGACCAGGAUGUGAUGUCAUCCGCCGCAGCUCUUCAUCACUCCCUGGUUCGCCUUCAAGCAGGGCGGGUUUAUCUGGUUCAGGAGGAUGAGGGCGAGAGGGAAGAUCCGAGCCGCCCAGAGGACGACAUGAUCAAGGCGGCCGUGCCGAUGCUGAUGCUGGCUUCUUACAGAAACCAGUGCCUGCAUGUUUUUGUGCGCCCUGCACUGCUCGCAACAGCCAUACACGUCACAAAGAGCGUGCAGAGAGACGAGCUCUUUGCCUUCUUUUGCUUCCUACGGGACCUCUUCGGCAACGAAUUCAUCUUCAUCCCCGGGGAGUCGUCUCAGGACUUUGAGGAGGCCUGUGCCCUCCUGAGGAAAUGUGGAGCAGUCCACACCAGUGAACAGGAAGUGACGGUGUCAAACGUGGGGCUGGAGGUGCUCUCCUUCCUGCAGGACCUUCUACAGCCCUUCAUAGACUCUUAUCAGGUGAUGUUUGGGUACCUCUGUAAAGACGGCGUUCAUGUGAUCUCAGAGAAACAGUUCCUACCUGCUGCGCGAAACCUGGCUAGAAAGCUCAUCCUCUCAGGUAAGCUUCACACUUAUGAAGCCCUUUCGUCCGACAUGCAGAAGAACGUUUUCUCGGCACUCCGAAGGAUGGAGACCUUGACGAAGUUUACGGCGUGAGUUACGACAUUAGCCUUUUUAAUUAGACUACACCUGACGCAAAAGUUUAGCCACCAUUGGAACCGAUCCAUCUUCAGUGUCAGCUUACCUUCUGGUUUACCCCUACUUGAUCCUUCACACCACUCCUCUCCUCCGUGCCUUUCCCGCUGCACCUUAACUCUGCAUUCUGUCUGAGUAUUACUGUAAGAUUCUGAAUUAUUAUUGUAUUUUAAUUAUUUGCAUUGUGUUUGUACUUCUUCUCCUGACCAGUUAACUGUUAUAUGUAUGCAUGCAAAGUCAAUAAAAUUAUUUUCAGUUUA